AACAUGGCGGACGACAAGGAUCCUCUGAGGCAGCUGAAGGAUCUCGCACAGCUGAAGGAUCAGCUGGAGGACAUCCAGAGACGCGUGGAGAACGAAGUGCAGGCGGGAAUCCCACAGGGUGGCUCGUUGCUGGCCUCUCCCUUUCUCAAGGGCUUUCUGGCUGGGUACGUGGUGGCGAAGCUCCGCUCCUCAGCUGUCCUGGGGGUGGCUCUGGGCACGUGCACUGGCAUAUAUAUCGCUCAGACCUACAACGUGCCCGAUAUUGAGAGGACCCUGAAGGACUACUUCAACAACAUCAGAAAAGGGCCCAACUAACCGGGGCGGGGCACCCCCUCUGCCUCUGGAGGGGUGGUCAGUUGCCUCGUUCUCCGCAGAGCGUUCAACGUCAGAGCCCCGGAGGAUGACAUUC